AUGCCUGCACGGCGCACCUACAGAGCCCCGGCGCGGAAUGGCUGUUUUGAGUGCAGGAACCGGCGAAUCAAGUGCCCCAACGAACACCCCCAGUGCUCCCAUUGCACCAGCGACAACAUAAUAUGUCAAUAUAUUCCCUCCUCCACCUCCUUGGUCUGGCCCAGGGUCAAGUCUCGCUCCACCACCCCGACCCUUCCCCCAUCCCGCACCGCCUCCCCUUCCCACGUGAACCCCAGGAUUUUCGCUGAAUACCGCGUCGUCAUGGACCCCGUUGCCCCUUCCACUCCCACGGGGGAUCUGAACAUUCAAGACCUCGAGUUGAUGAUGCAAUGGUGCACAACCACAUACCGCUCGGUCUCGCGAAAUACCUCGGUAGAAGGAAUCUGGCAGGGCGUAGUGCCAAGGGAAGCCAUGCGCCACCCAUUCUUGAUGCACGGCAUCUUGGCUCUCUCCGCCCUGGAUCUGGGCUUCAACUGCCCCUCCGGUCCGCCCAAAGACUAUUACAUCCGAACCGCCCAGGCACACCAGUCCCGGGCUGUGACCGGUCUCAGCAAGAUCGCGGGACGUCUGGAUCAAUCCAACUGCAAUGCCGCUUUUGCUCUGUCCAGUAUCAUGGUGGUCUUUUCCUUCGCCCUCCCUCGGACGACGAACAAACUCGGGGACGUCCUGAAUGAGCUUCUCAACAUAUUCCGGUUCACACGCGGGUCGGUGGACGUCCAAGGAGGAAUUAUCAAUUGGGUCGCGGAUGGCGAGUUCAGCCCGCUUCUCGAGUGCGACACCUCGCAGCCAACCAUGCCCGACACGUCUCGGCUGGCCAUCAUGUCGCUGACACGAAUGAACGCGGACCUAGCCAGCCGCGAUCCCACCCAUGAUAAGGACACGUAUGACACGACGAUCCGGUACCUGAGCUACUCGCUGGACAAGCUGGCCCGGGGCGGAGAAACCAUGAUUAUUGCCUUCCAGUGGAUCUUCCAGAUCCCGCCGCGAUACUUGGAUUUGCUGCAGCAGAGACAGCCCUUUGCGUUAGCCAUCUUGGCCCAUUACGCGGUGAUUAUCCACUCGUUGCGAGGACAUUGGUGGAUGGGCGAGUGGGGAGCGCGACUGAUCCGGGAGAUCGGCCAGCGCCUGGGUGCAGACUGGAAAGACUCAAUCAGUUGGGUGGUGGACGCGACAGGAUGCUAUAUUCCUCCAGUCUGA